AUGGAUCUUUGGCCGUUAAGAGAAUCAUGGCUCAUACAGUUAGUGCAGAAACGUGGCACUGAGAAUGGAAUGGGAAAUCUAAAAAUCACAAAUAAAGGGAUAAGACUGGAAGGCAAAUCUGAAUUCUUUCUUCCAUUAUAUGUCAAAGAAGUUCAUUCACGUAAGGACAGCCCACUGAUGUUGCAGUCUGACAGGAAUGUAACUGUGAAUGCCCGCAAUAACCUUGGACAGAUUACUGGGCAGCUGACAAUUGGUUCUAAUGCUGUAGAGGCCCAGUGCAGAAGAUUUGAAGUAAAAGCAGGAGAUGGCAAGAAGGUGUUAUUUUCUGCAGAUGAAAAUGAAAUUGCUAUUGGAGUUGACAAACUGCGGGUAACAGGUUCAGAAGGUGUAGUAUUUGAACAAUCAGUGGAAACGCCUCAUGUCAGAGCUGAGUCUUCACAAGAGCUCAAGCUGGAAUCUCCGACCCGGAGUCUGACAAUGGAAGCCCCAAAGGGAGUAUAUAUCACUGCAACGGAAGGGGGUCUCAAGGCUACCUGUCGAAGAGAACUUGAGCUCCAGUCUACAGAUGGGGAGAUAUUUUUAAAUGCAAAGACAAUCCGAUUGGGAAACAUCCCCCAGGUCUCAGCCUCUUCACCGUCAGCCAGUUCUUCGAACCUGCGUCAGACUGUCUAUGAAGUAUGUGUGUGUCCGAAUGGGAAACUCUUUCUGUCGCCAGUAUCAGCGGGUUCCACCUGCCAGUCCAGCAGCAGUGUCUGUUUGCGGAUUUGAGCCUAUUGACGCUGCUGCACUUCUACCACCGUAAAAGCCUUCUUGGUACUAUCCCUCGGCUCUGUUUAACUGUAACAGUGAAUUGGGAACCAUUAUGAAGCUACAAGGCCUCUGCUGGAACAGGGCAGGAGGACAUGGCUGCCUUUCAAACGGUAAUGGACCAGUCAGUGUAUUGACUGUGGGUGAGGACAAGCCUGCACCAGGACAAACUGGAUACCACCCUCCUUCUAGAUGGGGUAAAAUACACAGGUGCCUUUGCUAAUCCAAGUAAAGCACAUAGUUAUAUUUUAUUGUUAGCAGGACCUGGUUAUGAAAGGAAUGAGCAUUUAAUACCACAAAUACGAUAAUGUCAUUUCUCAGAACUUUAGUUUCCUUUUUCACAUUUAACUGGACUUUGGUUUUGUCAUGUAGUUCUAGACAGAAAAAAACAAGGGAUUCCUAAUUCAUUUUGACAGAACAUUUAAAGUGUGGUAUUUGCAUGUCAGUCAUUUGAAAAGGAAUGAACAAAUCAUUUGUUCAUGUUCCUUUUGUUUUCCAAUGUGUAAAGAAAUAAUUUCAGCUGUAAUGAACACAUUCUUUCUUGGCCUUGUUGGUGAAACUAUAGCUUUGUGAUAUUGAUUAUUUUUGUGAUGUGGUAUAAACCAAAGAAUGGAACAUGUGAUGUAGAUUCCAGACACCGCAGAGUGCAGGUGGUACUAGCCAGCACAACAGCACCAAGAGCAUUUCAGAGACAUUGGUGAGUGAACAUCCAUUUCCUAUAAUUGGUGAAAAAAUAUCCAGAAUUUACAAUCUGGCCGUACCAUACCCAAUAAAUCAUGAACUAUUGAUUCCGAAUCUCAACUUCUUAAAUAUUUGAUUCAAGGACAAAUCAAAAACGUGGUGCUCCCUCAACCUCGCACAGCUUGGUUUUGGAGUGGUUCUGCGGAACCACUUAAUUUAAAUUUGUACUCAUCCCUAAAGGACAUCACAUCCCAUCUUUUAUCUGUUACACCAGGCCUGCCAGUUUUUUUUUCUUUCCUUUCUUUACUAAUCUCAUUAAAGUACAUUUUCUUUAUGUAUGGAAAAUUAAAUCUGAAUGAUAAAGGAAACUAUUUUCUUACACAUUCUAUGCAAAUGUUUGUAAAAUUGCAAUAUUGCCAAAAUGACAAAAGCUGUGCUUUUGUACUCUAUGUCUCUUGCUUUAUGUAAAAUGAAAACAUUUUUUCUACUUAUAAGAGAGGAGCUGUAUGGCUUGUUAACUGUGGCUAAGGGUUGUAAGACCUCAUGUCAGACUCACCAUAACUUCAUGAAUUAUAAACCAGGUUUGAAAAGUUGUCAGUUAAAUUACGUUUGACUUCCAAAGCAAACUUGACUGAAGAGGUUUGGCCACAGUUUGCUUGCAGCAAAAGCAUCUGACUUCAGACAAACCUGUGGACAGUUGGUGAGAGUAAGGCAUUGCAGGAACUGUUUGCAGUAGACUAUGUUAUAUGGCGGAGAAUAUUGGCAAGCCUUUAAAAUGAUUAUCUUAUUCUGCUACAUUUCAAAGAAUGGAUAAAUGAAUGGGGCUAAUGAUAUAUUUUGUGUAGUUUUUGAUAAUAUAUUUAAUAUGAAUAUGUUUAUCACUCCUUGCUUCAAAAGUAAAAUAAGGCAGUUCAGAAAAAUCUGUUUAAAUUGGCCUUUUGUUAUAAUGUCAGCGAAAUGUGAAAAAGGGGAUUGAUAGUGUGAAUGAUUGAUAGUGUGAAUAGUGUGAAUGAAUUCUAAAAGGAAGUGAG